AUGGGCCGACGUCGGAAUGCCAAGGAGCCCGAGUCUUCCGACAGCGACGUCAUCAUCAUCUCGGACUCGGAUGACGAGCGCCCAGGGCCCGUGGCAACACAGUCGCAGCGCUCGCGCGACUCGUGGAUCGCGCCGUCGCAGAGGACCGGCGCGGCCCCGGCAAACAAACGUCGGAGACAGCCCGAAGCGAGGUCCCAGGGCGGCGCACGGGGCUCUGGCGUCGCGCAGUUGGCAUUUCAGAAGCCCGUCGCAAGCAGCAGUCCAGGGAACGCCCCGUUCCGCACCCAGGUGGGGCGCAAGCGGCCGGCUCCGACCUCGACUCGCACGACGGAUACGUCCGGCGCAGUGCUGGCGUCGCAGGCCCCCCACGGCGGCGACAAAGGGCGUCCGUGGCACGAACGUUUUGCGCCAACGUCAGUCAGCGACCUCGUCGUGUUCUCAAAGACGGUGGCGAACGUGCGGGCCUGGCUCAGCAAGGCAUGUCAGGCCGGUCCCACACCACUGGCGAGCCGCUUCUUGCUCGUUACCGGGCCGCCCGGGUGCGGCAAGGUCUCGACGCUGCGGCUCCUGGCAGCCGAGCGGGGGCUCGAGGUCGUGGAGUACAUCCCCUCCACGCCGACGGCGUGGAACGAGCACAAACACAUCACGGGCCCACUCGCUGACGGCGCCGCAGUCCAGUACCGGAACGCCGUGGACGACUUCGAGUCCUUCGUGCUGCGGAGCUCGCGGUUCCAGUCGCUCGCGCUCGGCGCGCCGGGCGCGGGCGGGGCCGGGGGGGGCGGUCAUUUGCUCCUGAUUCGAGAGCUCCCCCACGUGGCCUCCGCGGAGGCCCGCACGCGGCUUGCAGGGGUCCUGCGCGAGCUCGCUCGCACCUCGCGGUUCCCCGUCGCGCUUGUGCUGACCGACGCGAGCGGCUCGAGCGGCCAGGACCGUGGCAUGAGCGCGGCGCUGCAGGCGGGCGGGGGGCUCCAUGCCGAGCUGCUCGAGGCGAUCGGGGUGGGCGGCGACGGCCAGGGCAUGGCCGGGCAGCCGCUGGCGUUCAAUGCGAUCACCGAGUUGAAGGUCGCGAAGGCGCUGCGGGGCGUUGCGGAGCGUGCCGGGUACACCGUGCCGGAGGGGGUGCUGACCGCGCUGUCUGACAGGUCGGGGGGGGACUUGAGGUCGGCGGUGUCGGCGCUGCAGUUCCAUCUCACGGGGACGGCGCCGGUGCGGCCCGAUGCGGACGCGAAGAAGAAGCCGCCGAAGCGGCCGCGCAAGGCGGACGCCACAGCGAGCGUGCAGCAACGACAGGUGGCGCAAGCGCUGGGGCGCGACAAGGCGGUCACGAUAUUCAGCGCGCUGGGCAAGGUGCUGCACGGGAAGCGCGAGCGCGCGAAGGACGACGUGCCGGCGCCGCGGCCCGCGGGGAGGCUGUUUGCGGCGAUGGCGGGGGAGGACACUCAGGUGCCAGUCAGACAGGAGCUGCGGCGGCCCCCGCUCGAGUUCGACCCCGAGGGGGUGGUGGAGCGCGCCGGGCUGGAGGUGCCGCAGUGCGUGGCAUUUCUGCACCAGAACUACUGCGACUUCGUGCAAGAGGACUACGUGGAGGAGUGCAGCGAGGUGGCGCGGGGACUCAGCGACGCAGCGGUCCUGCUCGACGGUCUCGGCAGGGGCGGUGCGGCUGGCGGCGGCGCGGGCUACACCGUCGGCGAGGGCGACGGCCUCGGGUGGUCGCUGCAGCAGAUCGCGGCGUGCGCGGUCGCCGCGCGCAGCACGCUCUUCUCCCUGCAGCACCGGCCGCCCUCCCGCCGCGCACCGCUGCGCGGGCCCGUCUCGACGCACGUGGCGCAGGCCGCGGCAGCCAACGCCGCGCAGCUCGCCGGCGUGGCCGUCCGCGGCGCCAGACGGUCGGGCCACUUGUACGGGGGGUCUCUGCGGGUCGCGGGGGAGCUGGAGCCGUACGCGCGCGGCAUCCGCGCGGCGCUGGGGCCGCGCAACGUCGGCGGGGCGAGGGUGCCGCUGGGUCCGCAGCGGUGGACGCGUGUCGACUCGCACGGCAAGGCGCGGGAGUUGGUGAUGUGGGAGGGGGGUGUCGAAGGUGGUCAGGGGGGGGAGUGGGACGUUGAGGAUGAGGGCGGCGCCGGGGACGAUGUCGAGGAGUGCUGA